GUUCCCUGGCCACUUCCUCUUUUCCCACUCGCUGGCCAUGGGGAAAUCCCCACUGGUCACUAUAAGAAGGCCCUGGGCUCUGUGCAGAAGCCAGUCAGUGGCUCCACCAAGGAGGACAAGAUGAGGCCGGGUCUCUCCUUUCUUCCAGCCCUUUUGUUCUUCCUUGGCCAGGCUGCAGGGGAUUUGGGGGAUUCAGAAUUCCUGAUCCCCAGUCCUGACUCCAGCACCUUCAGCUCCAGCUCCAGGUCGGGCACCAGUUUCAGCUCCAGCUCCAGUGGGAGCUCCAGCUACAGCUCGGGUUCUGGCUCCAGGGGGGGCUACAGCUCAGGCGGCAGAGGAUCCGUGUCCCAGUCAUUUUCCAAUUUCACCGGCUCCGUGGAUGACCGUGGGACCUGCCAGUGCUCCGUGUCCCUGCCGGACACCACCUUUCCCGUGGACAGAAUGGAACACUUGGAAUUCACAGCUCACGCUCUUUCUGAGGAGUUUGAGAAAGAGCUUUCUAAAGUGAAGGAAUAUGUCCAAUUAAUCAGUGUGUAUGAAAAGAAACUUUUAAACCUAACUGUCCGAGUUGAAAUUAUGGAAAAAGAUACCAUUUCUUACACUGAACUGGACUUUGAGCUGAUCAAGGUAGAAGUGAAGGAGAUGGAAAAACUCAUCAUACAGCUGAAGGAGAGUUUUGUUGGAAGCUCAGAAGUCGUUGACCAGCUGGAAGUGGAGAUAAGGAAUAUGAGUCUCCUGGUAGAGAAGCUUGAGACGCUAGACAAAAACAAUGUCCUUGCCAUUCGCCGAGAAAUCGUGGCUCUGAAGAACAAGCUGAAGGAGUGUGAGACCUCGAAGGGUGAAAACACUGUCAUCCCCACUCCUCCCACCUCGGGGAGCUGUGGUCAUGGUGGCGUGGUGAACAUCAGCAGACCAUCCGUGGUUCAGCUCAACUGGAGAGGAUUUGCUUAUAAGUACGGUGCCUGGGGCCGGGAUUACUCUCCCCAGAAUCCAGACAAUGGGUUAUAUUGGGUGGCGCCACUGAAUACAGAUGGGAAACUGCUGGAAUAUUACAGACUCUAUAACAAGCUGGAUGAUUUGCUGUUGUAUAUAAAUGCUCGAGAGAAUCGGAUCACGUAUGGCCAAGGUGGUGGUACAGCAGUUUACAACAACAACAUGUAUGUCAACUGGUACAAUACCCGGAACAUUGCCAGAGUUAACCUGACCACCAACACGGUUGCUGUCACUCAAGUUCUCCCUGAUGCUGCCUACAAUAACCGUUUUUCAUAUGCUAAUGUCGCUUGGCAAGAUAUUGACUUUGCUGUGGAUGAGCAUGGGUUAUGGGUGAUUUAUUCAACUGAAGCCAGCACUGGUAACAUAGUGAUUAGUAAACUCAAUGACACCACACUUCAGGUGCUAAAGACUUGGUAUACUAAGCAGUAUAAACCAUCCGUUUCUAAUGCCUUCAUGGUGUGUGGGGUUCUGUAUGCCACCCGUAUUCUGAACACGAAAACAGAAGAGAUUUUUUACUACUAUGACACAAACACAGGACAAGAGGGCAGACUAGACAUUGUAAUGUAUAAGAUGCAGGAAAAAGUGCAGAGCAUUAACUACCACCCUUCUGACCGGAAACUUUUUGUCUAUAAUGAUGGUUACCUUCUGAAUUAUGAUCUUCUCUUUGGGCAGGAACCCCAAUAAGCUGUUUAGGUGCUAGAGUGAGAGAGAAAGAAAAUGUUCAUUGAAAGAAUAUUCUACUCCACUUAUUUAGGUAUCUGCAGGGGAAUCUAAAGUGUGUUUGUUUAGUAGCAAUAUUUGGGUACAGAGUUCUUACAUACUAGAGACCUAGGAUAUUUGCCCUGAUUUGAUGAGUCUUGUGGGUCAUCCACCUCAUGGGAUGCAUUUUUCAACUGAAAAUAAGGUCCUUACUUAUUUCAGUUGGGAUUGUCUUAGGGGCAUUAUGGG